UAGCCCCCGCAGGCGAGGGUCGCUCCGGUCAGCGGCUUCUGCCAUGGUGCCGGGGGUGGCCGGGCUCCCCGCUCCGCUCCGCCGCCCGGGGUCAGCCGGGCAACCCGCGCCAUGACCCGACCGCUCGGCGUGGGCGUGCCGUCGCGGAGCCCGUCCGUCACCAGGUCCCGCCGCCAUUUUACGCCGGCGGCCGCGGGCAGACAGACAGCCCAAGACCUCAGAAACCAGACCAUUACAGAGUUCUUCAAACCAGUUUUAAACAAAGACCUUGGCCAUAAAGACAGAACUGUGUUGGGCUCACCAGACAGAGGAAAUGUAAAAGAUGCAGGAAUCGGACUGUCAGUUCUAUGCGCUGAACGUUUUGAAAAGAAAACAUCUUCUCCAAAGAAGGUCAGAAGAAAAAAGAUGCCAGACCAAACACCAAACACAAGUCCUGUGGUAGAUGCCUUUCGGAGAGGAAUUAAGGUGAAAAAGGACAGUGUAAACGUCUUAGAGAAUGGCAGAGCAUGCAAGGCACUGAGUUCGUUGUACCCAAAAGUUGUGAUUCAAAAACUCCUUAUUACUGCAGGGUCUCGCGGCUCUCUCUUGGCCAAAAAGGAUAAAACUCACAAGUCAGAACAGGGAAGAAAUGAGAAGUGUCUGAGUGUAACAAGAGCACCAUUUUCUUGUGGAAAUAGUUGGGAGCGGGAAACUGACUGUAUGGAUCUAGAAGACACUAGUUCAGACUCUGACAAAUGGGUUUCACCAGAAGCUGAUACUCGAAAAGCCUCUGCUAGAAAUAAUGGCACUGUGAACAACACAUCGCUGUGCCAAAACCCAGGUCUUCCCAUGAAAUUGCCCUGCGCUCCAGCUGACUCUGAAUUUCGGUUGUCACUGGAAGCUCUCCACAGAGAAAGGAAGCAGAAGAGACAUAGAAUGAAACAAUCUAAGCCACAUUCUGUAAAGCCAUUCUCAGGAACAAGUGUAUCACAUCAGGGAAAUGGAUGUCCUUUAAGAAAAAUACCACGUUCUGGUUCAAGAGAGACUGCCUCAGAUGACCCAUCUCAACCAAAGCAGGUUUCAAAACAUGAGGCAUCUUCUCCAAAUGCACUGGGAAUGUCAUCUGAGGUGCGGAAGAGCCAGUCUUUUCCUUCACGCUGCCUUACAUCUAAGAUGUCUUCUGGGCAAUCCAAACAAAUAGACUUUCCUGGGAAAAGGAAACAUGCUGCCAUGAGUGUGGAUGCAGACAGUUCAAAUCAAUCUGAAGUAUCAAGUUUGAAUGACCCUGCUUUUAGUAGAUCAUCUGCAAUAUGCAAAAAUAGGAGGUCUGACUUUGUAAAAAAUAUCCUUUUAAAGUCUAGUUGUGGUGAUGUUCUGCAAUUAAUGGAGGCUGCUGCUUUACCUAGAUAUGAUUCUACUCUUCCAGAGGAAUACCUCAACUCAAGUGAUGAAAAUGAGAAAAAUAAUUGUUCCUCUGUAGGCUUGUCAUCUUCAUAUUCUGUACGCAGCCCUGGUAAAAAUAACCACAUUUCUGCUGUGGAUACCAAAGAGAAUCAAUUGCAGGUGGCUAACUCAUGCUUUUUCUUGGAAAAGUCCCUUCCUUUUUCUCAGGAAAAAAGUACUCUGUUGCCUUCUCUCCACCACUUAACACAAACAAAGAGUGUGGAAUCUAAUCUCCAGAAUGCUGGCUUAUCUCAGGUAUUGGACACUAAGAAGGAGCAACAUGGGAAAAGACCAGAAAGAAGCACACACAAUAAAGCUUACAGUAUUCAAUCUGGCAACGGUGUUUCAAAAACAAAAAACGAGACUUCAGAAAAUGCUUCUGAUUCUUGUUCAGUGGAAGGUUCUGGGAAAUCUGCGCUCUCAGAAGAGACUGGUAAAAGUGUUCCCUGUUUGUUGUCUUUUAAAGAAGGAUGCACGGACAGUGGCCAUAUGUCUUCACAACUCUCAGGAGAGUUAAAAGUUGCAAGCAAGUCCAAAUUGAAUGAAAAAUCAAAAAGCAGCUUUGAUAGUGAAGAUGAGCAUUUGGAAUGCAGUCUAGAUGAUGAUGACGACGAUGAUGAUGUAGUAUUCAUGCCACUGCAAGAAAUUCUCUCUUCAAGUCCCAAGCCACAGGCAGGAACCCUGGAGGAUUCUUGUCUUGACAGUUUUUCUCAGGAAACCAUGACUCCAUUACUGAAGCUUCACCUUUCUAAACCUCCUGUUGUUAGCCAGGUGUCAUAUGUGAACAGCUUAGAACAUCUCUUGAAGGAGAAAGAACAAUCUAAAAGGGUAGAUGAACUAGAAAAGCAGUUACAGGAAGACAUACAAAGAAGGGAAACAGAUUCUUCAGAUGGAGAUGAUGAGGAGAAUGCCAGUGGAGAUGAAGAUCUCUCAGAAGAGCACAGGGCUUUUAUAAAGAGAUUUUCAGUAAUAGCUGAUGCUAUACCUGACUACCACCCUGGAGAAGAUAUAUUUGAUUUAUCAGCCUCUGGGAAAGCCUUCAAUCAACAUAACCUUGACUUGAGGAAUUUUCAUUUAAUCCCUCAGAAUCCUAUAGAAAAGCUCCUUCUUAAUUCUGGUGUAACACAGCAGCUUUCUUUAGCUAUUAAUGGUUUUUUAAGUUCUGCUUACAGUUGUAUCUUGUGUCCCAUACCAAUUCUAAAGUGGCUCUUCCAGAUGAUGUCUGUUCAUCCCGACUAUUGUGUUUCCACACAGAUUUUAGACAGAUUGAUGGAGAUAACACUAAAAAACGCUUCCAUCAGUGAUGAACAGUGUAAACCAUGGAUUCCUUCACUCGCUGAUGUGUCAGCUGUUUUUGUCAAUAUGGGUGUUGCGUUUAGAUCUCUCUUUCCGUUGCAGCAUCUUCAGCCCAGCUUUAACGAAUGUGAUAUUCUAAGUAAGAUGCAAGAAACAGUGAGUAAACAACAGCCAAGAGGAGAAGGAGACCCAACCUCUGCCAGUCCAGCCUUCUCCAGUCUACCAGAAAACAAUUUAAUUAAUGUGAUUAAGUUUCUAGGUUUCUGUACAACGGUAAUUCAAGGUGGAUAUACUGAUCAAGAAAUAUUGCUGCUGCUUCUGUUGCUAUUUAAAAUAAGCUUGGAGAAACAAUUAAAGCAAAUUCCUUUGAUAGAUUUUCAGUGCCUUUUCAUAAAGCUUCUGAUAAGUAUAAAAGACUGGGAUACAAAGAUGCCUGAGCUCUGCCUGGCAGUGAGUGAACUCUCCAGUAAUCACCAUAAUCUCCUGUGGCUGGUUCAGCUGGUCCCUAGCUGGAUAAUACGUGGACGGGAAGUAAGAAGACGUCUUAGUCUAGUGGUUAUUUCAAAGCUGCUUAAUAAAAAGCAUAUAGGAAUACCUGAUGACAGUGACAAGCAGAUGUGUCUUCUGCAUCAGUAUCUGGUGUACAUGAAACCUUCUAAUCUACUAAAGAAGAUGAGAGAAGGACAGGAGCAGCAGAACGCCGAUGGAGACCACCUUAAUACAGAACUAGAACAGGAGGCAUACUACCUAAUCUACAUCCUCCUCCAUCUAGUUAGCGAAGCUAGUUUCUUCGAUGUUGUAAAUUCUAAUCAAAGGCAACACUUACUGAAGCUUUGUGGUGCCUUAGAUAAGCACAUAAAAUGUGAUAUUAGGGAAGAUGCAAGGCUGUUUUAUCGAACUAAGGUAAAAGAUUUAGUUGCUAGGAUAUAUGGGAAAUGGCAAGAUAUGAUACAAACCACUCGGCCUACUCAGGGAAAACUGCAUGACUUUUGGGAGCCGGAUUCAUGAAAUCUUGUCUAGUUCAGGGAAAAUAUCAGGAAAAACUCUGAAACCAAGGAAGACAUAGAAUGAGUGCAGCUUCACCUUGGUCGGAACAGAAGAAAGCAGUCACCUGAGUUAGAACUUGAGCUUGAUUCAGGCAAAUACUAGGAAUGCAAGGAUCUAAUUUGAUUAACAUUGCUUUUAAUACAAAUAUGUUACUUCUGAAAAAUUGAAGCGGGUAAACUGAAAAAACCCAGCUAUUUCUAUAGCCCUGUCUGAAUUGGCUAGAAAUAUUUUAUCAUAUUGAAACCUGAGGGAAGUUUUCUUGUUUCCAUUGUUAAUCACAAGAGUUAUUUGAAAACUGUAUGUAUUUGUUUUCUUGCCAGCACACACCUGCAAGCAUUCUUUUAGGAUGGCUGGGAAAGAACUGCCCUGUGACAUUGAACCUGAGUUCAGAAACAGUGUUAGACCUCCCCUGUUGUGAGCAGGUGAGUUAGUGGUUCAGAACUGGGAUGAAUGACAGAAUUGCCUGCACGUGUUAAUCUGCAAAGCAGAACUGGUAUGACCAUCCAAUGUCUUUAAAACAUACAAAAUACGGCAGUUGCAUGUGAGCAGGUGACUGCUCUUGUGUUCACUUGAGGGUGGAAACAGAGUGGCUGUGCCCAGACAGUGUAAGUGGAUGCUUCUUUCCUCUGUGGUUGUGUUUUAUCAAAUAACAAAAUAGAAUUUGUUAUUACAGCGAUGCAUUCAUUUUAACUUAACUUCCUCAUCUUCAGACAUUAUUUAUGCAGUGAAUGUGACUGCACAGGAAGUGUUUCUAGAUGACCAAGUUAUAAAUGAGAUCUUAUUACACCAGUAGUAUUGUUGUAGUGCUCUUCAAGAAACAAGCAUAUCUAUAUUUGUUGUCUGGCUUCAGCACUUUCUCUAAAUGGAGAAAAUACUAGUUCUAAAAUAUCAGCUCAGUGGAGAUUAGAGGAGAUGAGGAUUUGGCUCACGUAUGUAAAAACUGUGAGCACCGUAUGAGGUCUGCAUUCCUUUGUGUGAAGUCUUGCCGCACAUGCAGUAUGUGUGCAAAGCUCCAAGAGCUGUUUGUGAAAUAAUCGGAGGAAGAUGUGCUCUCCUUCUGCGCUCUCUGGGCAAAUGCCAUUAUUUCGAUCUUACACUGUGGUUUUUCUGUAGGAUGUGUGUAUACGUGAAGAGAAAGUUAAGGUAUUGAGUAGAAGCGCCAACUGGGAUUCCCUUAACAAGUGAGAUUUUUAAUAAUAUCAACAUGUGUGUUUUAUAAUACUGUUUCCUUUUAAUUUUUGUAAUUACUGUCUUGUCUUGUACAAUGAAUUCUCUAUGACUUUCCACGAUGAGAAUGUAAAAUAAGGUUAAAAAAACCACCUUGAAAUUUAAUUAUGUAUAUUACAUAUAAAGGAACUGCUAUAGAACGGACCCAUGUCUUAUAGGGAAGAUAUCUUAUUUGCAAAUUCAUACUAAAUAUUUUGUCUUUCAUUUCAAGUGUUAGAGAGUUAGCCUAAGACUGUGGUGGCUCUGUGCCCUUCACAGGAUAAUCAGCUUAUCUUUAUUCAAACAAAAGUUACGCUCGUGGCAUUGUUCAGGGGGAGGGAGGAGAAAAUUCCUCCCUCCCCCCCCUUUUUUUUUUUCUCUCAACAUGUUGCGUAAGAAUUGGAAGAAUCUACCUCAAAGGGUAUCUUUGUUUGGCAAUAGAACUGCUUUAGGCUAAAAAAGAAACAACUUACGUGGUAGUAUAUAGGUAUGGCAAUGCUAUCCUUUGCUCUGCCUGUCUUUGAUAGUGUUAUCAACCUUCCCUCUGGUAGCAGUUGCUUAUUCUGUUGAAUAUAUUGUACGUAAUUUUAUUAAUGUUUAUAUUUUUUCCUCACUAAUGUUGUAUAAAAUUUAAAAAUAUUGCAGAAUGUUUACUGUAUGUAAUGUGUAUAUAUUUUCUUACCAUGUAAAGUGUAAGUUGCUGUCCUGUAUAUUUUGGAGAAGGAAAGGGGAGGGGUUUAGAUGAACAGCUUUUGUACUGCAGUUCAAGCACAUUGAAACUGCUGGGGUUUCUUUUUCCAGAUGAAAUAACCACUUUGAUAUUUACUUUUAUUUAAUAGAACAAUGAAAAAAUAAAACCAGACAUGCUUUUCUAAUUAAAUGUCCCUGGACAAAAUGGGCAUGCCUCAGCUGCGUUUCACCAAAAAAAUGGCAGUGGGUCCUAUUUUGGUCUUGGGGCACACAGACGUUGGAGUUCUUGGGCUCACAGCCGAUGAGCUUACUAUAAAUGGAGAAAGUCUCAAAGUCAUUCCUAGCUCAGCCACUCCUGUGUUUUCAUGCCGAAUGCCCAUGUAUACAUCCUGGCAUUUCCCCUCUCUCUCCCCCUCCCGCUUUGUCUGGACUUUUCUUCCAUCUGUUUUGUAGCUGAGGAGUAAUUCCCCAGUUGCUUUAAGUCUAGACGUGGGUUGAAUUGGAGCUCAUUGGUAUCCCUACAGAGGUGAUCCCCAAGCAUCGCUGCGGAGCCUUUGCAAGGGACUGUGAGCUGGGCGCUGCUCCGGGACUCCAGGAAAUAAAACAGCAAACCUGCUGCCGUUGUGUUUUGCAGACUCAUUUACUGGCCCCCAGCCAGAAGUUACGUGCAUUAGAAAAGGCUGUUUGCACAGGGAAUGUCUUAACUGCUUUGGUUGUCUUCAGAUAAGAAUUUUGCACUGAGGUUUGUCUUUUGAUAUUACGUUGGCUGUAUUAAGAGCCAUGUUAUUUCAUGUGAAAUUAGGUGCACUUUAUUGCAGUAAUCACAGACAAAAAAAAUUAAAGGCUGAAUAUAAAAUAUA